CAUUUGCUCCCAGCAGGCAGCCCUGAGCCGCAGUCCACAAGCUGUUCCCUGAUCUCUGCUCCUGAGCCGGGGCAGAGCGUGCCCCUGCCCAGUCCAGUGACCUUCGCCUGUCUGAGCCCUGGUUAAUUUUUGCCCAGCCUUCAGGCAGUGGGGCUCCUCCCCCUUGGGGAUAUAAGCCUGGCCCAAGGUGGCUCUGGUCCCCACCUGCCCUCAGCCUCCCCGAGCUCCCUCUCCCAGCCAUGGCCAAGGGCUUCUUCGUUCCUAAGACCCUGGGCAUCCUGGGCAUCGUCCUGUGCGUGGCGGCCGUGUGCACCAUCGUUGCUCUGUCUGUGGUGUACACCCAGGAGAAGAACAAGAAUGCUGCCAGCUCCACUGCGGCCAGCACCAGCCCCCCCACGAGCCCCAGCACCACCGCGGCCACCACCUUGGACCAAAGCCAGCCGUGGAACCGAUACCGCCUACCCCAGACGCUGGUGCCAGAGUCCUACAACGUCACCCUGAGGCCCUACCUCACCCCCAGUGAGCAGGGUCUGUACAUCUUCACGGGCUCCAGCACUGUCCGCUUCACCUGCAAGGAGCCCACCGACGUCAUCAUCAUCCACAGCAAGCAGCUCACCUACACCACCACCGAGGAGCACAGGGUGGUCCUGCGGGGUGUGGGUGGCGCCCAGCCCCCCGACAUCGACAGAACUGAGCUGGUGGAGCUCACCCAGUACCUGGUGGUGCACCUCAAGGGCCCACUGGAGGCGGGCAGCCUGUACGAGAUGGACACAAAGUUUCAGGGGGAGCUGGCUGAUGACCUGGCAGGCUUCUACCGCAGCGAGUACAUGGAUGGCGAUGUCAGGAAGGUGCUGGCCACAACACAGAUGCAGGCUCCAGAUGCCCGGAAAGCCUUCCCAUGCUUUGACGAGCCAUCCAUGAAGGCCAGCUUUAACAUCACCCUCAUCCACCCCAGAGACCUCACGGCCCUGUCCAACAUGCAGCCCAGAGGUCCCAGUGUCCCACUUUCUGAAGACCCCAACUGGAGCAUCACCGAGUUUGAGAGCACACCUGUAAUGUCCACAUACCUGCUGGCCUUCAUCGUGAGCGAGUUCACGUAUGUGGAGUCGAAGUCACCCGAUGAUGUCCUGAUCCGGAUCUGGGCUCGGCCGAGCGCCACUGCGGAGGGCCAGGGCAGCUAUGCCCUGAAUGUGACAGGCCCCAUCCUAAGCUUCUUCGCUGGACAUUAUGACACACCCUACCCACUUGACAAAUCCGACCAGAUCGCCUUGCCUGACUUCAGCGCCGGCGCCAUGGAGAACUGGGGGCUGGUGACCUACCGGGAGAAUUCUCUGCUGUUCGACCCGCUCUCCUCCUCCAGCAGCAACAAGGAGCGCGUGGUCACCGUGAUUGCUCACGAGCUGGCCCAUCAGUGGUUUGGGAACCUGGUGACCGUGGCCUGGUGGAACGACCUGUGGCUGAACGAGGGCUUUGCCUCUUAUGUGGAGUACCUGGGUGCUGACUACGCAGAGCCCACCUGGAAUCUGAAAGACCUCAUCGUGGUGAACGACGUGUACCCUGUGAUGGCCGUGGAUGCGCUGGCCUCCUCCCACCCACUGACGACCCCCGCUGAUGAGGUCAACACGCCGGCACAGAUCAAUGAGAUGUUCGACUCCAUCGCCUACAACAAGGGAGCCUCGGUCCUCAGGAUGCUGUCCGACUUCCUGACUGAGGAGCUGUUCAAGAAGGGCCUGGCGUCCUACCUGCACGCCUUCUCCUACCAGAGCACCACCUACCUGGACCUGUGGGAGCACCUGCAGAAGGCUGUGGACAACCAAACUGCCAUCAGGCUGCCUGCCACUGUGCGCACCAUCAUGGACCGCUGGAUCCUGCAGAUGGGCUUCCCCCUCAUCACCGUGGACACCAAGACAGGGGACAUCUCCCAGCAGCACUUCCUCCUUGACCCUGACUCCAACGUCACCCGCCCCUCAGAGUUCAACUACCUGUGGAUUGUUCCCAUCUCAUCCAUCAGAAAUGGUGCACAGCAGGAGGAAUACUGGCUGCAGGGCGAAGCCCAAAACCAGAGCGAGCAGUUCAGAACCACAGGGGACGAGUGGGUCCUGCUGAACGUCAAUGUGACGGGCUAUUACCAGGUGAACUACGACGAGGACAACUGGAGGAAGAUUCAGACUCAGCUGCAGACAAACCCUUCGGCCAUCCCCGUCAUCAAUCGUGCGCAGGUCAUCUACGAUGCCUUCAACCUGGCCAGUGCCCAAAAGGUCCCUGUCACCCUGGCGCUGAACAACACCCUCUUCCUGAGCGGAGAGACAGAGUACAUCCCCUGGCAGGCGGCCCUGAGCAGCCUGAGCUACUUCCAGCUCAUGUUCGACCGCACCGAGGUCUACGGCCCCAUGCAGAAAUACCUGCAGAAGCAGGUCAAACCCCUCUUCGAGUAUUUCCAGACCACCACCAGCAACUGGACUCAGCGCCCAGAAACCCUGAUGGACCAGUACAACGAGAUUAACGCCAUCAACACCGCCUGCUCCAACGGGCUUUCUGCGUGUGAGGAUCUGGUCUCAAACCUUUUCGCCCAGUGGAUGGGAGACCCCGAUAAUAACCCGAUCCACCCCAACCUGCGCUCCACUGUCUACUGCAAAGCCAUCGCCCGGGGUGGCGAGAGGGAGUGGGACUUCGCCUGGGAGCAGUUCCGAAAUGCCACGCUGGUCAACGAGGCUGACAAGCUCCGCACAGGCCUGGCCUGCAGCACCGAGGUCUGGAUCCUCAACAGGUACCUGAGUUACACCUUGAACCCCGACCUCAUCCGGAAGCAGGACGCCACCUCCACCAUUACCAGCAUCGCCAACAACGUCGUGGGGCAAACUCUGGCCUGGGACUUUAUCCAGAGCAACUGGAGGAAGCUCUUUCUGGACUACGGUGGAGGGUCCUUCUCCUUCUCCAACCUCAUCCGGGGAGUGACGCGACGCUUCUCCACCGAGUAUGAGCUGAAGCAGUUGGAGAAGUUCCAGGCGGACAACAGUGACAUAGGCUUUGGCUCCGGCACGCGGGCUCUGGAGCAAGCCCUGGAGAAGACCCAAUCCAACAUCAAGUGGGUGAACGAGAACAAGGACGAGGUGCUCCGGUGGUUCACCGAGCACAGCGACUAGUCCUCUCCCCACAGUCACCCGGCCCCGUGUGAGAGGCCCGUGUGCGUCUGUCCCAGGGGCCCGCAGCAGGGCCCCCAGUGCUGGAGCCUGAGGCACCUGCGUCCUGCCCUCAGGGACGACGGCUCUGGCCCACGUUCUCUCCACUUGUGGGACCAGUCCUGCUGGCCAGACUGUCCAAGCACCUCCCAGCCCCUGCCCCUCAUGCCAGCCCCACCCCAGCACCCUGGGGCUGAUCUCAGGGAAGCCCCGCCCCAGGGCCAGAUGAGCAGGAGUCCUCGAUGGACGAGGACAGCCAUGGGGCUGCCUGCCCCACCUCCCACCUUCCCGUAAAGACCCUGAGCCUGAGGAAUCGACAGGGCAGCAGAUCUGUAUAUUUUUGUCUAAGAGAAAAUGUAAAUAAAGGGUUUUUGGAUCAGC